UACAACACGGUGUCAGGCAGGCGGUAAAACAGCUUGUCAAUGCUGCUAAGGAGUUAUUCGCCAUUAAACAACAAGGAGAAAACAGCUUGUCAAGCCUGCAAACUCUUAUUCAAGCUCUUCUUUGACGCUGGCAAUAAUGGAUAAAGACAGCCUGAUUCUCCCCAAAGACUUUCCAGAGCUGAAGAACGACACAUUCCUGAGAGCCGCUCAAGGAGAAGAGAUCGAGCACAUUCCAGUGUGGUGUAUGAGACAGGCUGGCCGCUAUCUGCCAGAGUUCAGGGAAUCGAGGGCAGGGAAGGAUUUCUUUGAGACAUGCCGCUCCCCUGAAGCUUGCUGUGAGCUUACGCUACAGCCACUCAGACGAUUCCCAUUUGAUGCUGCCAUCAUCUUCUCUGACAUCUUGGUGGUCCCUCAGGCCAUGGGAAUGGAGGUUCAGAUGAGUCCAGGAAAGGGCCCCACUUUCCCAGAACCACUGAAGGAGCCUGAAGAUCUGCAGAGACUAAAGACUAAAGUGGAUGUGUCGUCUGAACUCGACUACGUUUUUAAAGCCAUCACACUGACACGACACAGAAUAGAGGGAAAAGUUCCUCUCAUCGGCUUCACUGGAGCUCCAUGGACUCUAAUGUCCUACAUGAUUGAAGGAGGAGGCUCCACGACACACUCAAAAGCUAAACGCUGGCUCUACAGGUACCCAGAGGCCAGCCACAAACUCCUGAGCCAGCUAGCAGAUGUCAUAGUGGAGUAUCUUCUCGGACAGGUGAAAGCUGGAGCUCAGGCUCUGCAGGUUUUCGAGUCUCAUACUGGUUGCUUGGGCCCAGUGGAGUUUGAAGAGUUUUCUCUGCCUUAUCUGAGAGACAUUGCUCGCCGUGUUAAAGACAAGAUCAAAGAAUCUGGUUUGGACAAUGUGCCUAUGAUCGUUUUUGCUAAAGAUGGCCAUUAUGGGCUUGAGGACCUCUCUGAGUCUGGUUAUGAAGUUGUGAGUCUUGACUGGACCACAGAUCCACAUUCAGCACGGUCCUUUACUGCAGUUUUGUUCCUUGAUCCUUUUAUUUCAAAGAACCGCAUCUCACAUUUGUGUAGGUGUGUGAUUUUUGGCCUCAUCUUCUAGGCAGAUUUACUCCAGAUUGUUCAGCUUUAUUAGAUGACAUUUGUGCACCACAUAUUUCAAAUAGUGUCACAGUUGGAGUAUGAAGAGGGCUUUGGCUGGCCCAUUAUAAGACAUUUUCCUUUUUGUUCUUUAGCCCUGUUUUUAGGAUCACUGUCGUAAGUGAUCACGUUUCAGUAUUUUUUUAACAGAUUGUCUUUCACUGUAUGCAUUUGCACUAUCCGUUCUUUGUUUUAAUAAAAAUAAGAUGCCCAAUCCUGCUGAUAAAAAACAGACUUACAGCAUGAUUCUACUUGCACCUCCAGUUCAAUUCCAAUUUAUUUAUAAAGCACAUGAUAAUACACACAGUGCUAAUAAUUGACCACAGUGCUGUACAAAAAAAGAAAUAAUAUAAUAAAAUAAUUACAAAUUUAAAUUAACCAAAGAAAGAAAACCCAAGACCAGUACCUAUGGCAACAAUACCUCGUCACUUAUAUAUGAUCAAAAGCAAGUGUAAUUUUUUUUUUAUACUGUGGAAGUGUGGGCACUGCUAUUAACAUUAACAAAACAUCUGACCAUGAAAUCUUUUGCCACAUCGCAACUGAAUC